AUGAGUACAACAAUCAAUGAAGCCUUUGACAAUGAUGUUUAUUUGUUCUCCACAAAUGAUAAUGUUCACAAUCAUAACAGGAAAAAAAUAUAUUCUCUCAAACAACCUAUUGCACGUAGCAUUGGAACAAAACUUGGACCUGUUAAUGCAACUGAAAGAAGUUCUCAUGACAAGCUCGAUAUGGAGUUCUUGAUUAGCAAAAAUGCAAGAGUUAUGCUAACUUCUAAUCUAUGGAUAGAAGCAAGUCUUCUAAAUGGAGCAUUAGGUUAUAUUAAAAAUAUUGUAUACAAACCUAGAAGUAUGCCACCAGAACCACCAACAUAUGUAAUGGUUAAGUUUGAUAACUACUCAGGAUUUCCGUUUGAUGAUCACAAUCCACAAAUAGUUCCCAUCAGUGUAAGACAAAGAGGUUCUACAAUUCAAAUACCAUUGAGACUAGCUUGGGCAUUGACAAUACACAAGUCGCAAGGUUUGACACUUGGAAAAGCCACAACUGAUAUAGGACCAACUGAAAGAAAAGGAAUGACAUUUGUAGUUGUAUCUCAUGUAAAGUCUUUGCAAGGAUUGAGAAUAAUGCCACCAUUCACAUAUGAUCGCUACGAAAAAAUGAAAGAUGAAGAAAGUAGAUUGAAAGAUUUAGAAAUAAAUCCAUGUAAUAAUUUUUCAUAA